GUCGAUAUUAUGUUUCGCAAUCUGAUUGUGACGCACCGAUCAAAUAUAAGGAGCAGAAUACUUGAUUCUACGGAUUUUUUUGAGUUCUAACGAUUUGCAAUUUCAGUUCAAACGUAUUCCGUUUCCAGUGAAAAUUGAAUUUGAGAUGACGAUCAGCAGAAUAGUGGCAUAGUGGGUGGCAUAAAUUUGGAAAUGCUAUGUUUUUCACACGGCCAGAUAUACGAGUUGGAAAACCAUCUUCUACAUUUACACACCGGAACAGAAACCAAAAAAUGCUAUUUAUCAAGCUGCGUUACAUUGAAAAAAAUGUAGAAAAAUCACAAAUAAAUGAUUAUCAACACAAUAUCUUUUCAUUUCAAAACACAUAAUUUCACCCAGGACAACGGCUGCGGUGUCAGCUAGUACAUAUAUAAAGUCGGAUAAGGGUCAAACCAGCGAAUUAAAUAUACAUAAGUUAUAGCAUUGACAGACGGCAGCGUUAAACCAGAUUAUUUGCAUUUUUCGGGAUUAAUUCAGGAGUUACCACAGCUAACUCCGUUGCUGAAUCCAAACAUAACUCUCAAAAUUUUAGGGAGUUUGUGAGAUUUUCGUUGGCAACAUUGUUAAUAAUUGACAGCUGUAUUCUAUUGUGAAUGAAAAAUAAGAACAGUGACAGCUGUUUUACGUUUAAAUGUAUUCAAAGUUAUUUUAAAAAGCGACGAUUGAAGAUUAAAAGUAAGUAAUUUUAUUAUUUUGCAUUGCCUUCUAAACGAAAAUUAUUAUCUUUGUUUUAAUUUCAGAUGGCUGGCAGAAAAAAACGGUCAGGGUGGACUUUUAAGGAUGAGUUGGAGCUGCUGGAAAAAUGGGAGGCACGUUCCCACGACCUCCGGCGUGCAAAGCGAAAUGCUCAUAUAUACAAUGAGAUUUCGCAGGAAAUGGCACAAAAAUACACCGCCGAGGAAAUUCACUGCAAAGUGAAAAAUAUGACAAAGAAAUACAGAGAGGAGAAAACCAAAAUUGGCCCUUCUGGUGGUAGUCCCUCGCCUUGGAAGCAUUAUAAUGCUGUGAAUCGCAUAGUAGGGUGUACUGCCGUUAAUUCGGCUUUGUAACGGGUGAUU